AUGGCUCUUUGCCUUCCCUCCAUCCCUCUCCCCCUUCUUCACGAAAUGAAGGGAAAAGAUCUCAGCACAACACUCAUUCCAGAUAUCAAAGAGGACUUGAUGAAAAUUAAGGUCUCCCUUGACGAAUUCCGUAGUUGGGUCGAUGGCUAUCUUAGCAAGCUCGAGAUUUCUCUUUGUGGUACCCCCAUUGGUGAAGCAAAGACCUUGACAAUUGAAUUCUUGGUUUGUCUAGUACGAUAUUGCACGGGAACACUCCCAGAUCUUUACAUGGUCGUUGAUCGAAUCCGGACUUUGAUGACUCGUUACGACCACGUCUUCAGAGUCUUCGCCAGUGAAGCCAAAGACACAAUUUUGUUUUUAGAAGACCUGAUCGAGUCGGUUCCAAAUUUUCGACAAGAGCAUAUAGAAACGGCGAAGAUGUUUUUUAGCAUUUCUCUCAGGGCACAAAAGCUUAUUGGCGAAUACAACGAGGCCUCUAGUAGUCACAAUAAGAGCGCUAAGAAAUACACCGCUGCUGAGGGUACUGCGUUGAGGGUUGCUAGCGCUGGGCUAGGCGUCCUUGCCCUUGUGGCUAUACCCUGUCCGCCUUUGGCCAUCAUUACGAGGGUGGGCCAUGCUGCUGCCCUUACAACCGUGGUCGCUGGUGCCGGGGUCGCUUGCUGUUAUACGGCAGCCACCCAUAACUCGGGCAAGGCUAGGGUCUAUAGCCUGGGAGCUACCAACAUGGGGGAGCUGGAUAGGUGUAGCAAUGUAAUGAAAGAGUCCGCUUUUAAUAUUGGGGACAAACUCUACGAUUGUAAGAAUUUACUAAAAGGGGUGAAGGACCACAGCAAGCCGACCACUGCCGGCAUGUAUACAGCUGAUAUCCAGGAAGAAGAAUAUAGGCUCGCGAAAGGCAAGGCAGAGGAGAUGAAGAAACUCUGUGAUAUCAUAAUGUAUAGUGCGAAUCAGAUUACCCAGCUCGGAAUGACAGCUGAGUUCAAGAUGAGCCUGCUUAAGUGA